AGGAAUUUGAAUUAGCGGAGGAGGAGGGUGGGGGAGUAGGACUGGGCCUGGCCUCGUGCGCUGCUCCCUCUUCCUCCUCCCAUUGUUUGUGCCAUUCUGCACAAUCCUCGCUUUCUCUCCUCUUCCCUCCUUCCUCUCUUUCCCUCUCUUCCUCGGGUGUCUUGUAUUGUUUUGGCCAUUGCCGUGUGGGAUUGUGUCUUCUUCUGUGCUGGGAGUUGUGUUGGUGAGUAGUGGAGGGUGGUGUGCAACAGAGACUCGGAGUGGAGGAAGAGGAAAAGGAAGAAGAAGAGGAAGAAAGACCGAGUGGGUUAGAGAGAGUAUUAUUAUGUACAAGCACCGUGCUUACUUACCGCGUGGGGUUCACUCGUCGUCGUCCUUCGCAAACCCAGCCAGCCCUCACACGUCUGUCUGCCCCGCUUCUUCUUAGUCUGCUGUGUCUCUUCCCGCUCUCUCACCUUUCUAGGGUUUCAUUACGCCUUUGCUCUGGGAUCCGGGCACGGGACGAGACAGGAGGAGACGGGACGGGAGGAGAGGAGAGGAGAGGAGACUCGAGGGGGAGUUUUGACGGGGGCGUUGUGCGGCGAGGGCGGUGCGGUGGAGCUUGUAGUCGUGUCGGGGAGCUCAAGUUUUGAGACCGCAAUUGCGCGGGUUCGGGUGUGGAUGAGUGAUGGUGGGAGCUUAAGGGAUGCGGUUCGUGGUGGUUUCCCGCGAGCGCGUGCGGUCGCUUGUAAGGGACCACUUGAGCAUUUAUCGGAGGGGGGAGAUUCUUUUGGUGGAGAUAUAUUCGGUGUUUUCAGCGGGAGAAAUGUUGGUCUGGAUGGUGGAGGUAGUUUGGGUGAGACUGGGGCGUUGAGGCUGAUAGCAUAUGCAGUUGAUCUUGAGGAUCAGGUGGAAGGGGGCACACAGUGCAGCGGCGAGCCAAAUCAUGAGUUUGAAAGGAGAGGAAAACGAAUAAGGAAGGGUUUCGAGUUAGAUGCGGAGAAGGGACUUGGUCUUGAAGUUUCUUUUCUUAAUCUGCUUGGAAGGUUUGAGGCGGACCGUGAUCGACGUUUUGGGUUUGCUCGAAAGUAGUGGAUGCAAUAUUGCUGGCGGUUACGCCCCGAUCUCUGGGAGGUCCUUGCGUUUAAAUAUGACCUCACAUUUUCACAGCUGCUGUCCUACAUUAUCGUCGUUGGCACGUUAUUCUUGCUGGAAAAAGAUUCAGAUAAAGAGAAUGCCUGGGCUCAUUGUAUGACAAUGUAAAUAUAAAUCAGUUCAAGUUUUCAUGGAUUUCAGCAUCAUCGUAGAAGAUUGAAUACCGCUACGUAACUGGUAUGACUAAAUGUCUCUGUCACUGACUACCCUAUAGAAGCUUAAACAUCCUUCCUUGUUUUCCAUCAGUCUUCUCUAAUGUACUGGUGGUUUGAAGUUUAAAAUCAUAGAGGAUGAGUACCCCAUUGGAUGCCUCUCUGGAAACUCCCACACGCAGGUAUCCAAAGCGAUUGAAAGCUGGCAGUCCACUGCCUCCUCCACAACCGCCUCCAGUGAAGAGUGAAAAAAGGAAAAGAAGAGUUUCUAAACCUCUGGAACCGACACUGGAAUCGGAACCUGUGCUGAAACUUGAGCCAGAACUUGAAGCACUGAAACUUGAGCCGAAACUAGAACCUAUACUGGAACCGAAACUCGAGCCGAAACCUGAAUUUGUACCCAGUUCGCCGCAGCCUCCUGCGGUCCAAAGUAACGGUGCUGAACUAUGCUCAUUACCGAGCGCAGACUCUUGUGAAAGAACCGACCCCCUCGCAGCCGGCUGCUUAGUGUCAGAGUUGCCUCAAUCGUCUUCUACUCUGAAAGAUGUGCCUGCUGCAUCUCUUGCCGACCUGUUUUCUGUUUACAGCUAUCUUAGGAGCUUCAGCCGUUUGCUGUUUUUGAGUCCAUUCUCCCUGGAAAAAUUUGUGACUGCGCUAUGUGCCGGACGUGGAGAUGGGCUUUUGGACAGUGUGCAUCUCAGUCUACUGGAAGCUGUAAAGCGGCAUAAUUUGUCGACGGAGUCAUCUUCAUUUUUCGGGGAUCUUAAUUGGGACCUUUUAGAUUUGAUUACCUGGCCAGUUUACUUAUGUUCGUUUUUAAGAACGCAAGGGUACAGCAAACUCCGGAAGCAUAGCCUUGUGAAGGCUGGUUUAGGAAGAGGUGAGUACCAGAAACAAGUUCCAGUGGCUGAGAAAUUGGCUAUCUUAAGCUUCCUAUGUGAUCAUGCAAUACAGAAUGAAGAGAGUCGGAAAGAAGUUAGCGUGCGACUUAUGGCUGCUCAUCAAGCUCUUAUUGAGCACUCAAAUCAAAGAUCUGGAGAGGGAGAUUCUGAUUGGAGACCUCAGGAUGCACGACAUGAUAGCAGGGGCCAAGAAACACCGCUUCUCAGGAAGGUUAGCGAUAAACUGCUGAAAGACACAGAGAGAGGUGAAUGGAGCAAGGAGGUGCAGCGUGCUGCGACAGCCCUUGGAGGAGACGGUAACAGUAAUGAUUGCAUGCUAUGUGGCAUGGACGGUGUCUUGCUUUGUUGUGAUGCCUGCCCAGCUGCCUAUCAUUCACGAUGUGUUGGUGUUACCAAGGGGAAGCUUGGGUCGGGGGAUUGGUUUUGUCCAGAAUGUCGCUUUCCCUGUACAGGGAUACCAUACGCGAAGCGUUUGCAAGGAGGGGUGCUUUUGGGUAUUGGCCCAAAGGAGCGUCUCUUCCUCUCAACAUGUGACCACCUCUUGGUGACUGAGGUAGGUGAGAAAGAAACGAGGUAUUGGUAUUAUGGGAUUGCGGAGUUGUCUUCAGUAUUGAAGUUCUUGCAAACUUCUGGUCAUGGAUACUUCGAAUUGCAACACAGCAUUCGACGGCAUUGGGGAAUAGACUGCAUUGCUAAUCCAGAAAUCGGCUCUGUGGAGGACCUAAAGGGCUCAAAUGAGAAGUUUUUCUGCAGCCCUCUAAGGGCUCCCUUACCCAGAUCCAGCGCAAAGAAAAGGAAAUCAGAGAACAAUGUUGGAAACGAUGAUCUGGUGCUGCUGGAUUCUGCCUCGAAUCAGACUCCCAAAUCUGAAGGAAAAUCCAGGACAUCUAAAACGCUGGUGAACCCUGGCCCGUAUGUGAAUCACUAUGCUCACGGUGAUGCUGUUGCGACAGCAGCUGACACUUUAGCAGCCUGGCAGGGUGGGGGUGACCCGGCUUGGGUUCCUGGUACCCGUGCUCGAGGGACAGACGCAAACGAGCAAGUGAAAGCAUUUACCCUCACGCUAUCAGCAUUUACAUGGCCAAGUACUAGGAAACCUUUCAGUGAGAAGUGUGGAUGGUGCGGACUGUGCUCUUCCAAUUCUCGAGGUUGUCUGUUGGUUCAAACACAGCUACAGGUCAGCCGCUACGUGGAUGAUCUUAAACCAUUAAAGAUUUCGAAGGGACCGCGUCAUUUGGGAACUGUGGCUGCGUAUGUGUUGCAUUUGGAAGAAACUCUUCAUCCACUUUUAGAAGGCUGGCCGUGGGACUCUCCGUUGCAGCGCCAGCGUUGGCGGUCACGCGUGGAGAAAAGUCCAUCUGUCUCUGUCAUUCGAAAGGCGCUUUUGCAGUUGGAGGCUGCUUUGCGACCAAUUGCUAUCUCAACAGACUGGGUUAAGCACCCAGACAUUGCUCCAUUGCUGUGGCCAGCUUGCAUGGUUAAGAGACAAUCUCUCCCCUGGUCACAUCAUAGUGAGGUUCCUCCAACUAGACAAUGUGGUGCUCAAUGGUGGCGAGGUGGCAAAGUAGCUCGUUUAAUAUGUGGCUGGGAAGCUCUUCCACGAGAAAACUUAAAGCAAGCUGCUCGUAAAGGGGGUGUGAUCGCUAUCUCUGGUCUCUUGUAUAAUGACACAAAUGCUAUCCCACAAAGGACAAAGCAAACUGCUUGGCGAUCACGCGUGGAGACGGCGUCAAGUAUUGCCGAGAUUGGACUGCAGGUGCGGUACUUCGAUUUGCAACUGAAGUGGAAAGAGCUUAUGGCAGAUCCUGGUGAUAUCGACACUCCGUUCAUACAUGAAAAAUGUAAGGAAGAUUGCGUCACGAAGUACUUGGUUGACAUGACAAACGAAGAGAUUGAAGCUGAAAAGCUUAACAAGGAUAAUCAGACUUCAAAGAUGCAGAUUGAUUCAGAAGGAGAGAAGCAGAUAUGGAAGCCUGAGCAGCAGGUGCCUCUUUGUCAAAUUAAAUUGUAUGAGAAGUUUUUUGGGGAGAAGUUUCGGAAACCCACCCCUGGAAAGAAAAAGAAGGUUGCAAACAAAGAGAAAGCAUUAGGUCCAUUAGAAAGGCGGACACUAAAUGCUGUUUUGGAUAAGCUCCUUGAAAAAAUCAAGUUGGAGGAUAGGAAACUCGAACUUGAAGCUAAGAAGCUACAAACUAGCAAAUCUCCUUCUAGAAGAGCUGCGGAGAAGAGAACAGAAGCUUCCGCAGUCAGGCCACAAUGCCAACGUUGCGCAGUUGUUUGUGAUAAAGCAGACCUCUCCUCUGUGGACGGUAUGCUGGUGUGUGGACAAUGUUUGCAACAGAGCAAUGGAAAGCGACUUCGAAAGCCGUCUGCCAAGGUCCUAGCUAUGUUAUCCAACGACGAGAGUGUGAAGGACGAAAUCAGCCCAACCAAGGAUGAAAUUGGUAAGAUGUUCACCAAGGAGGAGUCUCCUCCCUUGAAGCUGGAAUGGAGUGGCACUUCACUCAGGAAAUCUGGGCGCAAGAGGAAAAGAGUCAAUCCAACGUUCGCGUGGAGUGAUCCACAUGAUGGCUUAGAUGAUAGCUCUAUCAAGACUGAAACUGGCAAGAAGCUAGCAUGUCUUGACGCAGCAAGCUGCCGCUGACUGUUGUCAUUUUAAAUUCUGUUCUCUUGCAAGAAAACAGUAUGGGCAAUGGCGUGCCACUAAUAUGCUGCUGUUGCUUAUGUGCAUUAGCCUCAAGUUCGUACAAAGUCAGCAUUCUUUGACAAUUGAUUGAACUCAGGAUGAUAAAGAGACUUCGUUAUUUGAAGUUUUUUGAGUUCUCUGAGUGUUAGUUUUCGUUUUUGAGUUGGUUGAUUCCCGCACUCUAUUGUUUGGUUAUCGCGAGUUGUUUCUGAAGCUUAUGCUACAAUCAACUCCAUUGUCACAGUAUUUUGACGUCUUUGAUGAUGUCCGAUGUCACAACCAUGAUUCACUCGUUGAA